AUCGGAGAGUUUAUAACUCUGACGCUCGCCAGGGGGCGACACUAACAUGUUUAUGUUUCAAAGUCCACACUCACUCAUGCUAGAAUAAAUGUACGUGUCUUUAUGUUGCUGAAAUUCUCUCUCAACCCUGACGAACCAUGGAAAGUUUCAGACAUGAAAUGUUCGAGUCUGAAGAUUCUGACAUUGAGGACACAGCAGACGUGGUCCGACACAAGACUAAAAUUGUUUAUCACGACAAAUUUCCAUACAUCCACAUGGAGCCACCUGACGUCUUGUACGAGCGGUGGGGUAAAAUCGAUCCCGAGCUGAGAAGACUGGCAGGACACUUGCUGCACGUCUCAGUGUUCUGGUGGCAUAUUCUGUACAAGCAGCAGGACAAUCACAGCACUACAGCCUGGGCAGUGGAUAUGGGCUUCUUGGACUACAAUGUUUCAAAUGAUUUGAGUUUGAAAAGGCUGCAAAGAAUUGAAAUCUUGGAGCUCAUUCUUGACACUGUGGAAAAAUGUCUGGCGAGCACGGAUCCUGAGAGGAAAGCAAGAGAGUUGAUCAUGAUUAGCAUGUCUUUUAGAAUGGAAGAUGAUGGUCUUAUGAAGGCAAUCAGCUGGCUAACGGAAUCUGGUUCUCCAGGUUUUAGCAGGAGGCUCCUUCAGCUUGGAUCAAAGCAAAUACGCUACCAAGUUCUAGAUUUUGUAUUUUCUGAGUAUUCUCGUUACAUACAGGUGAUGUCAUGUAGCAAAAAGAAGAUGUUUAGGGAGCUGUCGUUAGAGCCGGAUAAAUGGUGUUUACUGAAAAGUGAAGAAAUGAAGAACAAAGGGAAUGAACAAUUUCAGAAGAAAAAGUUUGAUCUUGCAGUGAAAUGGUACUCAAAGGCCAUUAAAUUCCAUACCAACAACCACAUCUUGUACGGGAACAGAGCACUCUGCUAUAUUCGUUGUGAAAAAUACCUGAAAGCAAUGGGUGAUGGGAAGCGAGCUAUUCUACUGCAGCGAGACUGGGCAAAGGGCCACUAUCGUUUCUGUGAUGCCUUGUUCUUCCUUGGAGCUAGAGACAAAGCAGUAGAAUCCAACAUUGCAGCUCAGAGCUAUUGCAAUGCUGAUCCGGAGGGAAUGAGAGACCUCCAACAGCAGUACAGUCGCUUCAUGACUGAGAUGUCUGAGGGUAGAAGUAGAGGCAGAGCUCCAGCAUGUUCAGAGGCUGAAGGAAAACAGAAGAAAACUGAGGCUAGGAAAGGAUCCAGUAAACGACACGAGGGAGCAUGUGGAGUAGAUCCAGACAAAGCUCCAGAGGCAGCUCAUAGCUCUGAUACUGCAGAAAAUAAGCAGAAAGCAGAAGACACAAAGCAAGAUGAACCAACAGGUAAACCUGUGACUCUCCCUCAAACUGAGGACUUCUUUACAGACACUAUAAGUGAAAUGGGGGACCGAAAGGCAAAAAAAGCAGCGUCAGGCAUUCCAGAGAAGCAGUCUGUAAGGACUAAACAGCCUCCUACACAGGAAAAGGCCCAGAGCAGCAGCAAUGAAGUGUGCAGCAAGGAACAGUUUUGUGCUGCAGUACGGGACGCUCAUAUUGCGCUCAGUGACCAGCGCUGCCGCAACGCAGAGCAGUCAUUCUCUGAGGCGCUCAGGAUUCUGCACUCAACUGGGACCAAGGAUCUCUGCAUAUCUGAACUGGACAGAACGUUGUUGAUCUAUGGUUACGCUACAGCCCUGAUAGAAAUCGGGCAACCUGAGGAGUUGGCGGAAGCUCAGCGGCAGUGUGAAAAACUAAGCUCUUCAGCAAACAGAACGUUCCAGUCCUUGGUUCAUUAUGGUUUAGGAAAGGUUUUACUGAAGGAGAACAAAUUUAGUAAAGCCAAAGAGGAAUUUUUAAAGGCUCUGUUGAUGGUUCAGAGGCAGAUCAUGCCAGGAAAACUGACCUGGCCAACCACUAAAGUAACUGUUGAAGAGACCUGUCCUGAAUAUUUAAAAGAGCAGCUUGAGAGGCUUAUUGAGACCUGUAAAUUCCCCCCUAAGCCAGAUGCAGUUUGCCGGCAUUGCUUGGGACAAGACGUUAUCUAUUUCACAGAUCCAGACUUUAAGGGCUUCAUUCGAUUGUCAUGCUGUCAGAACUGCAAGGUGGAGUAUCAUAUCAAUUGCUGGAGAAAGUUCAAAGCUGCUUCAUUUUCUGACAAGAAUGACAAGGAUUUUCUGCAGGAUUUAUGUUUUACUCCUGACUGUACAGGUACAAUCUGUCGAAUUGUAAUAUUUGACUCAACUGGUCUUAUUAAGUGUGAGUUUAAAUCGCCUAUUUCUAAAAGCAAAGUUCCUGGGAUGAGAGUCAAACAGAAAUGUACAAGUCUUAAGAAGUUGAAAUCUAAAGAGGAACGAAAGCUGAGGCAGAAACAACGGAGGGCGGAGACAUCCAUAUCUGAGAAUGAGAUGAACAAUUUAAAAAUGGAAGAUAGACCUGAGAAAGGAUCAGACGGUGGCAUUGACCAACCAUCGCUCAAGGGCUGUGUUGUGUACAGAGAUCGUGUUUUACACCAACUUGAUAAAAACCGAGAUCUUUUUAACGAUGAGAGUCACAAUAUUUCUAGUAUGGUGGUGUGUCUGAGACCAUGGAUGAAGUUGGAUGAGGAUAAGGGUCAUGUAAGCAUAUUAAACGACCGUGCAGAACCGCAGCUUCUCAGGGAGCUAGUGGAUCUGCUGCUGGAGAGAAAGAACAGGGUUUGGGCCAGACUGUUUCUUCAUAACCUCAGUGACUGCCAAGAUGUCAAGCCCAAAGUUCAUGAAUGGGCUCAGCAACUUAACAAUGCUGGUCUGAAAGCUGCUGAGCACUUUAUUGGUCAAUUUGGUGAUGAGCUGGAAAAACUGGAUCUCUCUUACCUGUUGGAGUUUCCCCCACUACAUGAUAUAUUUCAUAAUAAGAGCUUCACUGUAAUAGAGUACCUGAGACAAGCCCCGCCACAAGAAAUGCGCCUCUUUAUUUGGACUCUAGAGGAAUACCGAGAACACUACCCCUCCUGGUUCACUAUACUUGAUGACUAUUUUGAAAUGGAUGCAAUAUGUUUAGUGUUAAAGAAGACAGAAAAAGUUGACCCCUUAAGUUCUGUUUAUAGGAGUAAAAGCAAAAGUCGAAAAAAGAAGCAGAAAGAACCAAAGUCUGUCUUGCUUCUAUCGGGGAUAAGAAGAGAUGAAGAGGAUGAUUUCUUCUUUGAGGAAGAUUCACUGAUGCUGCUUCAUGGUGGUGAUCCCUUUAGUGUUCCAGAUUUUUUGAGGGAGCAGGUUGCAGAGUUUGAGGGCCAGUAUGUCAACCCUGGAAGCUCUAACCGCUAUAAGAAAUAUUUGGACAACGACCCAGAUCCAACUAAAGAAAGUUUAUAUGAUUACUUUGCACAGAUUCUGGAGGAGCAUGGACCUCUUGAGGUGUCAGACCCACUGCUUGUGGGCGAGCUGAAGAACUUUCCCCUUGAAGCGCAGCAAAAGAUUGACGCUGCUGGAGGACUUGAACAUUUCCUGCUCGGAUCUCUCAGAUUUGUAAUGCACGGCCACCUCGUCGGAUUGACGUUGCACGCGGUGGGCUUGCAGCACAAUGUGGAUGACUCUCCAUUUCCCACCUUUCCCUCUCAUUCUUGCAGCUUCGAUGAUUCAGAGCCUAAAGGAUCCUCCUAUCUCAACCCCACAGCCAAAGAAUUCCUGCCCCAGUUGAAACAUUUGAGUCUGGAAGACAGCAGUGAAUCUUAUGACCACGCUACAUGUCCUGUUCUCCCCAGUCCAUAUGCUUUUGUCCCUUCGAUUUCUCUGAAUUUAAAUGGUGAAUUUGAGCUGACUGAUAUCCCUGCAACUUUAGAACUUGAUGAAGGAGCAAAGUGUCUUGAUUACUUCCCCGGUGUGCUACUGAAUGCACUGAACACUGAGGUUCUCAGCUCUGAUAAUUAUAUUAAUUUAGAAGAUGCAUGUCCUAAAAGUAAGACUUGUUUUGUUCAGACACUUUGGGGUAGCAAAGAUACCAGAGAUGAUGUUGCAAUUAAUACAGAACCAUAUGCACAGUUUGAAAAGAACAGAGGAGAUAUGACCCAAACAGAAAAAAACAACAUAAAAUUUGAAAAACACAUCCAAAAUAUGAGGGAAAUGCUUAAGGCUUUUCAAAACAAAAGAAAGGAGUCAUGUUCUAUACUUGAUGCUGAAGUGAGGGACAUUAAUCAGCACAUAGAGAUUUCCAACAAAGAAUUGACUUUGUUCCAACAAAAGCUUGAGGAUGAGGUACGGAAAGAUCAGCAGGAGAAGAGAGACCACCAAGAGAGGCUGAAGGUUUUGAAGGGUGAAAUCAAAGAGCUGGGGGAUUUUCAGGACAGUAUGUCCAAGUUAAUCCAGGAUAAGAAUGUGAAGUAUCAGAUGGAUCUGGAGCAUUUCCUUGCAAUAAGUAACAAAUGGGCAGCUGAGAAGAUGAGUUUGGAGGAGAAAAUAAAGAAAUGUAGGGAUCUGUGUGCAAAAGCAGCCAGUCGUUCACUGGCAGGACAGGUGACCAUCCUGAAAAAUAGGCGGGAUCAUGGGCUGCGUGGUCUGAGGAAGUACUUGUCAGAUGGGAAGGCAAUUCUAAAACGCAUGACUGAGAUGUCCUCCACAUGUCCAUCUGCUGCUUUCAGUUCCAUCAUUGAGGCCUGGAAAUCAUAUGUACAGGAAGUUGAGGAGAAGAUCGUCAGAAUCGAGACCCAGUAUGAAGAGCAGAUUGAGCUUGUGAAAAAAGGCACCAGCCUGUCCUCUCUCCCUGCAGUUGGCGUACCAAGCACCCCUUCUCCUCCUCUAGUACCGGCCUUUCUUCAUCCAUUAUCCAAUCAGGAGCCAGUUUUGCAGCAGCUCCCUGUGCAGCAUGCACACCCACACACCCCAUAUGGAGCUCAGCAGCAUCCUGCCAGACAUCAAACACACAUGUCGGUACACACACACCACGCCAUGCAUACACCUCCAGCAGCCAGUGAGAAAGUCGCUGCUCCAGCGCCCCCUGCAGUCUCAGGGCCAGUUCAGCCUCCACAGCCCCUCGUUGUAUUUGAGAGGAUCCUAGAUCGUCUCAGCUCCAUGUUCCCUCACUACAGCAGAUCGGUCCUGACACAAUUUAUUCAAGAGGUCCGCUCUGUGAACUUUGGCAGUCUGAGCACGCUGAAGUAUGAAGAUGUGAUUAACAGAACUGCUCAACUCAUCCUUGACCACCAGGAGCACUCACAAGAGCAGAUGUACUCGGCGAGUAGGGAUAUGGCUGGAGUGAGAGGUUUAGCAGUACCCAGUCCAACUCCUAGCACCGAUUCCUCCAGAACUACUGCAACACCCCCACCUGCACAUGUGUGGAAAAGCAUGUCCUCUCAACAUCGCAAGUCUUCCAGAGCUCUGAACAUGGAGGACCCUUGCAUUAUUUGUCAUGAUGAUAUGGUGCCCGAGGACCUGUGUGUGCUGGAGUGUCGCCAUAGCUUCCAUAGAGAGUGCAUCAAGUCAUGGCUGAAGGAGCAGAGCACUUGUCCCACCUGCCGAGAACAUGCACUUUUACCUGAGGAUUUCCCCAUGCUGCCAGGACGACAUCGACGGGGACACGUGCAUGCAGAAACCUUCUCUUAACUGUAUAAUUGUGAUCAAUCUAUACACGUACAUCUAUACAAUAAUGGCAUAAUGGAUAACAAUUAUAUAGAAUUUUCAAUAUUAAUAAAGAUAUUAUAUAGCACAAUUACCUGCUAUAUAAUGUGGUAACGGGAAUAAAGCAGGUACUGCAUAUAAACUGUAUAUACAGUAUGAUUGGGACACAUUUAACCAUUUCCUUGCCACUUUUUUUUAUUUUUAAUUGGUGAGUUAUUUGUAAAUUAACUUAGCAAAUUAAGUUCAGUUUUGCUUUAGGAUUUAGCUGUCCUUCUUUGUCAUGUAGUUUAUCAUCUUAAUCCACAAUUAUUUAGGACCAAUCAGUAUUAUGUUUUAAUCUAUUUUUAUGUAGUAGUAUGUUCAUGUAAAUUUUUUUUUUCUAAUUAUUUUAGUUGUUUCAUUAGAAAAUAAAGAAAAAUGUGAUUUAUUUCUUUGGUAUUCGUGGUUGUCCCGUGACCUUAAAAUACAUUUUAGCCUGGCAAAAAUAGGAUUUUGCAUUAAUAAGAUCUGAUUUGGAAGGCAGGCUCCUAUGAUUUUUGUAAUAUUUCAGGAAAUUAGUAUGUAGUAAACAUAUGGAAGUCACCAUACAGUACUUGACAAAGUGGGGGUUAGUAAUUUCUGUGUAAGUGGUAUUAUUAGUAUUCAUAUCUUUAUAGUGGACUGUAAUUGUUCUAAUUUGUUCUUAAGACGUUUCUCAUUUCUAUUCGCCUGGACUCUGUUGGUUCAUGUCUACAUGUAGCAUAAGAUAAUAUGGCAAUAUUAUUAAUAUAUAUUACAUGGUCUGGGUAAUGGGCAGGUGCAGAGUCUUAUAAUGUUAUUACAUUGUUAGUGUAAUUAAUUAAACCCAGAUGGAUUUCUUCUUUCUACACAAACCAACAAUAAUGGCCAUAAUACAGACAAAC